AUGCUAAGAGCCAGAAGGGGAGCUAUAGAGAACGACUACCCUGCCGCCGUGAUUGAGGACCGCCAGUCGAAGACGCUGCUGACCGACGAGACCUUGCAGCGGCUGCGGGCGCUGCGGCAGCGGCAGUGGCAGAAGGCGGCGGCAGACUUCAACAAGCGCCAGGACGCAGCAAGUGCGCGAGCCGACGCAUCAAUCGCAGCAUGGCUCGCGGCUCACAAGGAGCGCGUCGCGCUCGGCAUGACGACCGACGGUGGGACCACCACCGACCACUGCGACACCGAAGGUAUGACCGAGGAGGUUGCGGCCGAGAACGCACCACCGCUGGUGAACGGAAACGGCUACGCGUGCGAGGCCCGGCUCUUGCGCACAGAAGAAAGCGAGCCGAAGAGAAAAUUUGAGGCCGGCAUGGAGAGGCGCUACAUGGUCGACUUCAAUGAGAGCGAGGGCGAGUCGGCUUUCUUGGUUGUGAGAUCAACAAAGGGCGUCUGGUUCGACAACCCCCACGUGUUCCAUCGGAGCCUCGCAAAGGUGCCAAUCAGCUUUUGUUUCGCGGAGGGGGCCCAGGUUCAGACCGAGCUCGGGCCAACGGCUUCCGUCAAGGUCGGUGGCUACUUCGCUUCCAGUGCGGAGUAUGAGGAGUGGUAUCAGCGCCGCCGCGCGAGCCUGACGCUGCCGCCUUCGCUCGGAGCUGAGGCGUGCGGCGUCAACGACGACGUCGUCGUGAAGGAGGAGGCCGUCGCCGGGGAAGCCGCCUCCGACGAGGCCGUCGUCGCCGAGGAGUCCGCCACCGAGGAGGCGACCAUCAAGCCCGCCGCCGCCGAGGUGUCCGCCUCCCAGGAGGCGCCCGUCGCCGAGGCGCCCAUCACCGAGGAGGCCGUCGCCGAGGAGGCUGCCAAGGAGGUCGAAAAGUCGGCCAAGACCGUUUCCAACACGCCCGACCCAACGGACACCACCUGCUACCCGGGCCUGCCCACGCCGAUGGCAGCGGGGAAGAGCGGGCCCGCGUCGGCCCGCAGCGGCUCCGGACCGGGCUACGUGGACGGCGUCGAGGCUGCAGUCCGCCGGCUGGGCGAGAGCGUCAGCUACCAGGCUGCGCCCGCCGACGGCGAGAAGUCGCCGUCGCCGGGAGUCCCCACCUCCGGCGGCAUUGCGCCCGUGGCGCCCAAGCCCCUGAGCGCGGUCGCGGGCGCGGGGCAGGCUGAGGCCGAGGCCGCCAAGGAGCGCGAGCACUGGGAGGGGCGGCUGAAGAAGGCGAAGGCCGCGCUCGAUCUCAUUGCCGAGCAACGGGAGAAGUGGGCGGACUUGCAGUCGCGGCGCUCGGGGAAGUGCCGGCGCAAGGCCAUGCGCUGCCGCAACAACCCCAAGUUUGGCAAGGCAAAGGGCAGGCGCAAGUCUGGCAAGGCAAAGGGCCGCGGCUCGCACCGGCGACCGAAGCCGCGCGGCGGGCCGCAGACGCCGCCUUCGCCGGACCGGCGCCGCGAGCCGCAGACCACGUCCGGCAAGGCGCCAUUCGCCGGCGCCCUCCGGUGGCUGCUCCUCGUCUGCAUGCCCGCCUUGGGCCACUGCGCGCCCGCCGUGCCUAGCCCGACGGCGGUGGCCUCGGCCUUCUCGUCUGCCGUCGCCUCGGCAGCCUCCGUCGCCUCGUCGGCGUCCUCUACCUUCUCAUCCGGCGUCGCCUCCGCGGCGUCCUCGGCCUUCUCGCCCGCCGUCGCCUCGAAGGCGUCCUCGCUCGUGAGCUGCUCGCCGCUUCUCAUGCCCGCACUCGUGCUCAUCCUCCUCGCCAUCGCCUGCGGCGCCAUCGGCACGGUGAUGUGGCGCCGCAACUCAAAGGCCCGAAGAUAUGGACUCUUGGAUUGUUCACACCGAUUUGCGCCCUCGCAUCCUCUCGGCAGCCUCCGAAUGUGCACCUAUGUGCACCUGUGUGUGCGCCUGCUUCUGCUCGGCCUGCCUGCGGGGCUCGCGCAAUCCGAGAGCGGCCCGACUCGCAUCGCGGGCGACGCCCUCGGCUCGAACUCGGUCAAGCACGCCUGCAUCGACCACGACGGGCGCUCGACGGAGGCGGCGCGCUCGGCGCUGCGCGGCUUUGAGACGGCGGCUGAGGACACCUCCCAGCCAGCGUGCGGCUCCAUCCUCGACAUGCUGGGCAUCCCGGCCGACUUACAGCGCACGGUCUUCAACCGCGGCAGCCUCGGCGGGCCGCGCAAGACCAGUUCCGCCUUUGACGGCUGCCGCGGCGGCGAACGUGUGGAGAAGUUGGUGAGCGUCGAACUCGCGGGCUACGGCGCGGCCGGAUCGAGCGCACAUCACGUGCCGAACGCCUCCGCGUCGCUCGGCAGCGACGCGUGCGUGGAGGCGGCCCACAAGGAGGCGUGCAUCAUGAACGAGUGCCCGUGCGCGACCAGCGAGUCAGGGGACGCAAACGUGCGCCGCAAGGCCAACAAGUUGAGCGAGUUCUCGCUCGAGGGCGAUUCGGCGCACGCGUGGGACGAGGGCGUCGCCCUCCACGCCGGCUUGCUCGAGCCACCCCCCGUUUCCGACCGCAACUUUCUCCACCCGCUGGCGGAGGCGCUGCGCGCCUCUGGCACCGGCCGCGCCGGUGGCGGGACUUUGGGGCAGUCACGGCCGACAAUCGAGAUCGCGCAGGGCGAGAAGCUGCUCCGGACCGGCGCGCGCGACUCCGUGCGCGCCAUCGUCGACGCCGCCGCCACUCUUGGCCGGCCCUCCCUCCGCGAGUGGUGGUGGUGCUGCGCCCCUGCGGCGGUGCUGCUCCUCCAAGCGUGCGGCGCCUGCUGGCUGCUGCUGGGGCAGCGGGCGCCGCGCUCCGGUGCGGCCUCGGGGCAGCGGCCCAGCAAGGCGGUCCGUCCUCGGCUGAGCAAGAGUCUCGGCUCGGUGACCUUGCUCCUGCUGAUCUCCGCCCUCCCCGUGGCUCGGGCUGGCUCGGGCGAGGCUGGCUCGGGCGAAGCUGGCUCUGGCGAGACCGGGUCUGGUGAGCAGGGCUCCGGACUUUGGGGGGUGCCGCCGUCGCUGCCGCCUCUGUCUCCGCCGGUGCUCUGCGAGGACGGUUCGGAGUUGAUCGCGCUGCUCUGCCCUUACGCCGGGACGCAGCUGGGCUGCGACACGGACCUGCACACCGUCAACCCCGCCGCUCCGGAAGGCUCGAUUCUCUCGCGGAUCUGCCCGGCGAGCUGCGGCGCGUGCGAGCCGGAGGAGAGCACUCCACCAUCGCCACCAUCGACACCGUCCCCACCGCUACUGGUGCUGUGCGAGGACGAUCCGGGCGGCUUGCUCACCGCUUGGCUCACCGCUUACGGCGGCUGCGCCUUCUUAACGGCGGGGUUGGUGGGCUGUGACACGGACCUGCACACCAUCAACCCCGCCGCUCCGGUGGGCUCGACCAUGUCGCUAAUUUGCCCGGCGAGCUGCGGCGCGUGCGAGUCGGAGGAGAUCACUCCACUAUCGCCACUGCUUGUGGCGGCGUUGCUGUGCGAGAACGAUUUUUUUGGUCUCGCGGCCAGCUACGGCGGCUGCACGUUCUUCUUGACGUUCGGCUGCGACUUCGAUCUGCAAACCGUCAACCCCGACGCUACCGCCCUCGCCCACACGCCUCAAGACAUCCGGGACGAGAUCAACAAGGCCGUGGACCAGGGCCGCAACGCGGCCGUCUUCAUCCCGCCGGGCGUCCGCCUUGCCUUUAGCAGCAACGUCGCGUGCGGCGGCGACAUGCUCCUCUCGGUCCGGAGCAGCGGGGAGGGCGCGACGCUAGACGGCAAGAAGAGCUCCAACAUGUUCUCCAUCUCGAGCGGCUGCAGCCUCUACCUGGAGGCGCUGCACUUUGUGGACGGGUUUGGUGAAUAUGGCGGUGCGGUGCUCGCUUCUGGCGCUGGCGACAUUGCGAUGAAGGACGUGUCGUUCACGGGCUGCGAGGCUAACCUAUGGGGAGGAGGUAUGUACGUGAUCGACAGCGGCGACGUCUCGCUGGAGCGCGCCAGCUUCAGCGAGUGCACGGCUGGCAAUUCCGGAGGAGGUAUGCGCGUGCGGGACAGCGGCGACGUCGCGCUGGAGGGCGCCAGCUUCAGCGAGUGCACGGCUGGCGAUGACGGAGGAGGUAUGAUCGUGUACAACAGCGGCGACGUCUCGCUGGAAAGCGCCAGCUUCAGCGAGUGCACGGCUGGCGAUUGGGGAGGAGGUAUGUGGGUGGGCAGCAGCGGCGACGUCGCGCUGGACGGCGCCAGCUUCAGCGAGUGCACGGCUGCCUAUCACGGAGGAGGUAUGUGGGUGGGCAGCAGCGGCGACGUCUCGCUGGACGGCGCCAGCUUCAGCGAGUGCACGGCUGCCUAUUACGGAGGAGGUAUGUACGUGGAGAACAGCGGCGACAUCUCGCUGGAGAGCGCCCGCUUUGUCGGUUGCACGAGUGGCUUUCAAGCGGCUCUUAUUCUCGUCGGUAUCGAGCGCCUAGCUCUCACCAACUCGCAGUUUGUCGACAGCAUCGCGAGCCAACCCCCCGCUGCACUCUUCUUCUCCUCCCGCAUCGCUGCCUCCGGCUCGAUCCUCCGCAACACGACCUUCUUCGGCAACUCUGCGCCAGACAACAUCACAAUCCUCGCCGCUUCGCCUCUAACGUGGGACUGCCCGCUCGGAUCUUGGAUGCCGAACGUCGGCCAGAUCAUCGGCGACCUGUCCGGCUGCAACAGGCUCUGCGCCGAGGGUCACUACGGGAACGCGUCGUACCACUUCACCUCCGACUGCAGCGGCCCCUGCUGGUUCGGCGUCCUGGCGGGAGUCGUCGUCGCUCUCGCAGGGACAGGGCUCGUCUUGUACCGCGCCCUCGCCCGCGCCGAGGCAUGGGACCGCUUCAGAGCACGUCUUGAUAUCGUCGAGUCGCAGGUCGGUUUCCAGCCCAAGUUCAAAAUUUUGGUCAGCUUCUACCAGAUCGCCGCGACGCUCGGCCCCGUCUACGGCGUCCGCCUCCACGAGGACUUUACGCGCUGGACCGAAUUCAUGGACGCGAUCAGCCUCGACCUGCUCGGCCUCACCUAUCCGGACACUUGCAUCGGCUCUAUGGGAGACCGGCUACUGCUCGCAGGCUUGUGGCCAAUCCUAUCUAUCUUGCUCGGAGGCGCCGCCCUCGCCUGCUACGCCCUCGCGGAGUGGCUCUUGUCUGGUCGCGCCGACGCCCUCCGGCGCGACCUCGUCCGUGCUACGCUGCGUCGCCUCCUCUACUGGGCCAUCCUCGUCGCCUACCUCGUGCUGCCCUCCGUGUCUCGCUCCAUCUUCAAGGCGCGGCAGUGCGAGUCGUUUAAUGUCGACGACGUGACAGGGGAGAGGCGCAGCUACCUCGUUGCCGACCUCGACGUGCUCUGCAGCGCCGACGACGACGAGUACAGCGGCCUCGACGCGUACUUCUGGGUUUUCUUCGUCCUCUGGCCGGUGCUCGUGCCGCUCUCGUUCCUGGUCCUCCUGCUCUCGAUCCGCUCCGAGGUGCGGGCGCAGCGAGUCAGGGCCACUGCCCGAGCCAGCCGCUUCCUCUGGCGCGACUACGACCCGGGCUUCCUCUUCUGGGAGGUCGUCGAUAUGGGCCGCAAGUUGUUCCUCGCCUCGCUGGUGCUCUUCAUCCAGACAGACGACGGCUCGAGCAAGCUACUCCGCCUUGUCGUCGCCACCGUCGUCUCGGCCCUCUACGCCGCCGCGCUUGCCCUCGCCAAGCCCUUCAAGCGCGACGACGACCUCUACCUGGCGUGCACCGCCAACCUGUUGCUCGCCUGCUGCUUCAUCUCCGGCAUGAUGAUUCAGCUGUGCGAGAGCGCCGCCUACGAGGACAUGUGCAAGACCCUCGUCGGCUUCGAGAGCGCGCGCGGCGCGAGUGAGUUUGUCGUUGCGCUCACCGCCGCAAUGCUCGCUACGUCGCUGCUCGUUGUCCUCUUUAAGACAGUCAGCGCCGUCCGCGCACCCACCAUCCGCCUCGCCUCCUCCGGCCGUCCCCCAGUCCUCACGCUGCCGCGCACAUGCCACUUCCACGGCUUCAUCUCGCACUGCUGGGGGACCGGCCAGGACCAGACGCACACCGUCGUGCGGCGACUGCAGCUGCUGAUCCCCGGCGUCCGGAUUUGGCUCGACGUCGACAACCUCGAGGACGUGGGCAGGCUCGAGGAGUCGGUGAGGGACGCGAUGACCUUCCUCGUCUUCCUCAGCGCCAGAUACUUCAUGAGCUUCAACUGUCGCCGCGAGCUGUACGCGGCGCUCGGCUCGAACCGGCCCUUCAUCCCGAUCCAGGAGGCUGACGUCGACAAGGGCGGCGCCUCGAUCAAGGACCUGAAGGCAGAGUGCCGCGAGCACUGCGUCGAGACCGCCCCUGCUGGCUACCCUAACUACAGCGGGCCAGGCGAGAUGCUCGCGCGCGUGUUUGAGGAGGCGGCGCCGAUCGUGUGGGUGCGGGGCAACGCCUUUCAACUCGAGUCGCUCAAGGCCAUCGCGCUGCGCAUGCUCCUCCACUCUCCUUACUACGCGAGCCGCCAGACUGAACUUGACGCCGGCCUGAUGGUCCCUCUUCAACCGGGGCCCUGUGCCUUCAGCGGCCCCGUCACCAUCCUCGUGUGCCGCGGCAAUGAGGGCGCCGUCGGCAUUGCAGGGGAGCUCAAGAAUGCGGCGGGGGAGGGGCGCGGCUCUACCGCCAGCGCCGAGGGGGUCACGAUCCGCGAUGCGGAGGAGGCGCUCGAGGGAGCCAGCGCGGACCGGCUCUCCGGGCACGUAGUGUUUCUGCUCUACCUGAACAAUAAGACCUUUCUGGACGCCGGCGGCGCCGUCGCGCGCCUCGCGCAAGCGGCGAUGGGGAACCAGCGCAUCACCAUCGCCAUGGUCCACGAGCAAGAGCCCAGCUGCGGCGGUUGCGCCUUUUGCAACGUUAUCCAGCAGACGCCACAGGUGUUGCUGCAGCCGCCGUACAAGCUCUUCGACACGGUGGCGGUGCCGCUCUACCCGGCUCCGGCGCACCGCAAGAUGAGCUUGCGCCUCAUACUAACAAGCAUGGGAGCCGUGCCGUGCGAUGCGGGCUCGCUCAGGCGGCGGUGGCAGCUGCUCCGCCGCCACAUAGCGGUGGCGCGCCUCGUGUGGCGGCGCCCCGCCUCUCGGGACUCUCUCGCCGAAGGAAGUCUCAGCCAGGAGCCCCAGCAAAUGGUCCAGCCGUAG